AAACAUCUCGUAAGGUGCUUAAUUGUUUUUUAAGUCCAGCGGUGGCGCACCGCGUGUUUGAAGAUGACUGUGACAUUCGGGGCGGAGAGGAAGCUUCAAAAAACAAGAAGACGAGAACGAGGAUGAUCAUAUAGAAAAUAUCACGUGUGGAGAAACUGGAUGUUGGUUUAAAUGGUCAGAAUUUAUAGCCUCCAGCUGGAAGGGAGGGGGGAGUAAAACUUCAUGAGAAGCAGCAGUCUCUCAUUUUCUGGAUCAAGCAGGAGGGACGGAUCAUGAAGGGACCCCCUCAUGUUGACAACUGAUGAAGAGUGGGCAACAAUCUACCUUGCCGGGACAGCAACUGCUGUAGCGUUUCCUAUUCAUCAUCAUCAUCAUCAUCAUCAUCCUCCUCCUCAGCAGCAGCAGCAUCAUCAGCAUCAUCAUCGUCAGUGCGAGCGGCACGCACCUCACUUGCUCCACAUCCUCGGGGCCACGAGAGCACCAGGGCGCAAAGAUGAACAUCCAAGUCCUGCCUGAGCACAAACUGUCCUCGGUGGCCCCGUUGAAACAGUUUAACGUGGAGAAAAAGGAAGUGGAGCUGAUUCUGGUGAAGGAGCAGAACGGGGUCCAGUACACGAACUCCUCUGUCGUGGCUUCCCCGAGCUCCCGCGGCUGCACCCCCGGCUCCACUGAGGAUGUGACCAGGGAGACCUGGGGCAAGAAAAUGGACUUUCUGCUCUCUGUCAUAGGCUUCGCUGUGGACCUGGCCAAUGUGUGGAGGUUCCCCUACCUGUGUUACAAAAAUGGAGGAGGUGCCUUUUUGAUCCCAUACGUUCUGUUCCUGUUCAUUGCUGGGAUGCCCCUGUUUUACAUGGAACUUGCCUUGGGUCAGUAUAACAGAGAGGGAGCAGCUACGGUUUGGAAGAUCUGCCCUGUAUUUAAAGGUGUUGGGUACACUGUGAUCAUCAUAGCAUUGUACGUGGGCUUUUACUACAACGUCAUCAUAGCUUGGUCAUUGUAUUACUUAUUUGCCUCAUUGACAAGUGAGCUGCCCUGGCUCACGUGUAAUAACCCGUGGAACAGCCCCAACUGCACAGAACCACAAUACAUCAAUGGCACCGUCUUGGGUAACAGAACCUCCUAUGCCAAGUACAAGAACACACCGGCCGCAGAGUUCUACGAGCGCGGGGUGCUGCACAUUCAUGAGAGUAGAGGCAUCGAUGACCUGGGUCUUCCUCGCUGGGAGCUCGCCCUCUGCCUUAUUGUGGUUGUCUUCAUCCUGUACUUCAGCCUGUGGAAGGGAGUCAAGUCCUCGGGAAAGGUGGUGUAUGUUACAGCUACUAUGCCCUACAUAGUGCUGUUGGUGUUGCUGAUUCGAGGCAUCACCCUCCCUGGUGCAAUGAAUGGAAUUAGGGCAUAUCUCCACAUUGACCUGAAGAAGCUCAAUAAUCCUCAAGUAUGGAUUGACGCAGCUACUCAGAUUUUCUAUUCUCUAGGAGCUGGGUUUGGAGUCCUCAUUGCCUUCGCAAGCUACAAUAAAUUUGAAAAUAACUGCUACAGGGAUGCUAUUCUGACCAGCACAAUAAACUGCGUUACCAGUUUCUUCUCAGGGUUUGCCAUCUUCUCAGUACUGGGGUAUAUGGCUCAUCAGCAUCAGGUCAACAUAAAGGAUGUGGCCACUGAGGGAGCUGGACUGGUAUUUAUUAUCUACCCAGAAGCGAUCUCAACCCUACCUGGAUCCACAUUCUUCGCGAUAGUCUUUUUCAUUAUGCUUUUGACUCUUGGAAUUGACAGCUCUAUGGGUGGCAUGGAGGCAGUGAUCACUGGGCUAUCAGAUGACUUCAAAAUCCUGAAGAGGAAUAGAAAAUUAUUUACAUUUAUUGUAACAUUUGGGACAUUCCUGUUGGCCCUUUUGUGCAUCACAAAUGGAGGGAUCUAUGUGUUGACCCUGCUGGACAAGUAUGCUGCAGGGACGUCUAUUCUAUUUGGGGUGCUGAUUGAGUCCAUUGGAGUAGCUUGGUUCUAUGGCGUGGAUAGAUUUAGUGAGGACAUUGAACGCAUGACAGGCUUCAAACCAGGGAUCUACUGGAGGGUCUGCUGGAAGUUCAUCAGUCCAACGUUCUUACUGCUUGUGGUAAUCGCCAGCAUUGUUACCUCCGGCGAAUUGAGAUAUGAUGAAUACGUUUUCCCUCGCUGGUCAAAUACGGUGGGCUGGUUCAUAGCCUUGUCCUCCAUGCUGUUUGUACCGAUCUACGCCAUCUACAAAUUCCUUAUUUUGCCAGGCACCUUCAAGGAGAGGACAGCGUACUGCAUUACUCCAGAACAUGAAUAUCACAUGGUGACGGAGGGUAAUGUCAGGCAGUUCAAGCUCAGACAUUGGUUAUCCAUCUGAUGAAGGGGUCAGGUGGGAGUGCCAUCUCAAAUGCUACUUGAAUGCUGGAGAAGAUAUGGUGUGUGAGAGAGAGAAAUGUUUCUGCAAAGGUCUUUUACCAUUUGAAAAGUGUCCCCUGAGAAAAGGACAGAAUGAAGCAACGGCUUUGUGCGUUUCCCAACCACACACUGUACUGUCCAGUCUGCUCCAUUUGUGUUCAGUGGUUGACUAGACUUUUUUUAUAUUGUAGGGCAAAAUAAAUGUUGCACCUGUACUUCCUUUUAAAUCAUACCCUUAGGUUUUAGUCCGAACUCUCAAAAGACUUCAAAAUGCUUUAAUUUGGGAGUAAAACAGGUAUGUUUUACGAUGUUUUUCUUUUUUAUAUUUUUUUUGUUUUAGUUUUUGGUCUUUGUGUGUGAAAAUGUAAGCAGAAAAACACUCUGAAGCUAUAUUAUUCUGUAUGGCUGGGAAGUUGAGUGUGUUUAUAUGGAGUAUGUGGGGGUGCAAGUUGUAGAGGUUUAGGUAACACACUGAGAAAUGGAAACCCCCUUGAUAUUCCAGGAAAUCUUUCAUGCCAUAUAACAGGUUUGGAGCGUUUUGAGUCAUUGCUACAGUACAUGUUAGAGCGCAGCUGUGAGUUUCCCACAUUUUACCUUGUUUCCCAAGAAUAGUUUGAUUUUGCAACAGCUGGCUUACAUCAAGGGUCCACAAAGCAUUUUUUCAAGCACAUCUUUUCCCUUUUUGACACACCUCACAAAGCAGACAUACACCACUAUGUCAGUGCCUUAUCUAGCCACGAAGAGAGUGCAGGGACGUGCUUCAUGACUAAAGCAUCUCAUUGAGAGAGAGUCUCAAUUAACUCCAUGCCAAGGGACGCUCAAUUUAUGCUCAUAGCUUUCAAAACGAACUGAGAUCCCAUGAUCUGCCUCAAGUAGAGCUUAAGAGCUCUUCUUUUGUCAUAGUUCAAUAUUAAAGAAAAGGGAUUUUUUAGUGUUUCGAGUCAAUGGAUCAACAUGUUAUGUUUUACUUAUGGCAUUGGAUCAGAGCAACAAUUAUUGCUGUGACAAAUUCGCUACCUUGCACAAUACUUUUUUGCCCCUUCAAGAGAUUCAAAAGCAUCAGAUCAAAGACAAAGAACAUUAUAUGUUAAACUCAAGAAAGUCCAGUUGACCAUGUAAAGCAGCAAUGUUCAAAUACACUAGGCAGGGGUUUAUCUUAUUUAGUUUGAAUUAUGUUUGACAUGACAAUGUCAAUGACAAUGCGUAAAUCUAUUUACACUGUGGUACAAUCCCAACAUCAUGUUGUCCCUUUGAGCAUUUCACACCUUGUAUGGAAUGUGUGUGUGUGUGUGUGUGUGUGUCUGUGUGUGAGUAUAGCUGACAUAUUAGGUCUCUUAGGUUUUCAAACUAGUCAAAAUCAAUAGUCUAUGUGGUUGUCUUUGUCUCGAGAUGACACAUAUAUUUUGUGGUUCACUGUGGCUUUUUCGCUUGAAGGAAAUGCUUUAACAUUUUAAAGUGUCAAAAUCAACUCCCAUUAUGUUGGUUUGUGUCUUAUUUAUUUGUGUAGAAUCAUUUGAAAUACAAAAAAUGACAGAAAACAUGAUCACUGGUAGGAAGCAAGCAACAUAUGUGGAUUACGACAUAUAAAGAGAUACAAAUAUAUUCUUUUGUUAUAUAUCUAAUAUUGUAUGUAUCAAAUUCUUUAUAAAACGUGAAUGUAAAACAUUUUAAGCAAAGUGUCUACUGUUAUAUCAUGCUGUGUGAUGUCGGUAAAGAUAUAAAUAUUCAGAAAUGUAUUAUUCCGUGUAACCAGGGGUGACGUAACCACAUGAAUGUAAACGGAGCAGCUCUGGCAUUUCUGAGUGAUGCUUACAGAAUAAUGUGUACAACUACAAAACUGUCCUUUUAAUUGUAAGUGACAAAUAUAUAUGAAAAAGUUCAAAUAUGCACACUAUAACAAUAAAGUCCUUUCCAGUACACACA